UUCAUUUCGCUGGACCUCCCCUAUUUCUCUCUCUUUUCGAACCAACAUGGCUCCUAAAAAGGAACAAGCUCAAAAAGGCAAGGGUGGUGCCAAAGCUGCUGAGAAAAACACAGCAAACAAAGCCAAAAAGCAUGUUCUCAAAGGUGUGAAGUCAACAGCAAAAAGGAAGAUUCGAACAACAGUUCAGUUUCAUCUUCCCAAAACCUUGAAGUUGCCAAGACAACCAAAGUACCCGAGAGUGUCCAUACCUCGGACAAACAAGCUUGACCAGUUUGCCAUCAUUAAACACCCUCUGACAACUGAGUCUGCAAUGAAGAAGAUUGAAGAUAAUAACACCCUUGUAUUUAUUGUUGACAUCCGGGCAAACAAACCGAAGAUCAAGGGUGCCGUGAAGAAAUUGUAUGAUGUUGAUGUUGCUAAAGUCAACACUUUAAUCAGACCUGAUGGCAAUAAAAAGGCUUAUGUUCGACUAGCCCCAGAUUAUGAUGCUUUGGAUAUUGCAAACAAGAUUGGUAUAAUCUAAAAAGCAGACUAUUGGAAGUAUUGUACUUGUUGGUUGGAUGAAUAUGAAAUAAAUUUUGAGUUAAAAUUG